CCGUCAUGCCUCCCGGGGCGGCCGGGCCUGUCAUUCCUCCCCCGGGGGUGGGAAGGGAGGCGCUGCCGGGGCCGCCCCAUGCGCGCUCUGCCGCUCCUCUCGCUCUGCCUGGCGGCCGCUGGCGUACCAGCAGCUCUUGCCCCUGUUCUUUGCCUCUGAUUUUGUUGGUGAGGAUAUCACAGUGAUGUCUGCAUUCAACCUGCUGCAUUUGGUGACAAAGAGCCAGCCAGUGGCCCUGCGAGCCUGUGGGCUUCCCUCAGGGUCAUGUAGGGAUAAAAAGAACUGCAAGGUGGUCUUUUCCCAGCAGGACCUGAGGAAGCGGCUGACACCUUUGCAGUACCAUGUCACUCAGGAGAAAGGGACUGAAAGCGCCUUUGAGGGAGAAUACACACAUCAUAAAGCUUACGGGAUAUACAAAUGUGUUGUCUGUGGAACUCCUUUAUUCAAGUCAGAAACGAAGUUUGACUCCAAUUCAGGUUGGCCUUCAUUCUAUGAUGUGAUCAGUCCGGAUGCAAUUACGUUUACCGAUGACUUCUCUUAUGGGAUGCACAGGAUUGAAACAGGCUGCAGUCAGUGUGGUGCUCACCUGGGGCAUAUUUUUGACGAUGGGCCUCGUCCAACUGGCAAAAGAUAUUGCAUAAACUCUGCUUCAUUGUCUUUCGAGCCUGUAGAUAAGAACAAUGCUGGAGAAGGCAGCGGUAGCACCAGUCCUGCUCAAACAGACAAAACCGAGCUGUAGGACAAAGGGCGGUCUGCAGAAAACUCACGGCUUAUGAAGAAUGUUUUUUCUAACUUGCCUGCUAUAUUGUAUCAUAUUUUUAAAUGUAUAAAGGCGUUCUGCACCAGUAGGUUUUUUUUUUUUCUUUGUUGAAAUUGAGGCCUUGCCUGCCAAUGUAUUUUACUAUAUAAUAGGUUCUAAAUAUUUUUGACUGUCUCUACUGGUUUUGUUUUUGGAGAUUGCUUUUGGGAAGCCUUAAAACAAGAGACUUUAGGCCCAUUAGUUAUUAAUUUCUUCUUCUUGCUUUUGUUACUAUAGAUUUGAAUAUUUUUCCCUUUUUGUGUGUGAAGAAAAGGGGUUUGUGGUUAUCUUCAGACAACAGAAAACUCCUGAGUGUAAUAAAAUUCUUGAGUCCCAGCA